CGUUAUCGGUUGACGGUAUCCUGACGACCACGGGCUACACCCAGGAGGACUACACCAUGCUGGGAUCCGAUGACUUCUUCUACGUGGGCGGAAGCCCCAGUACCGCUGACCUGCCUGGGUCUCCUGUCAGCAACAACUUCAUGGGCUGCCUCAAAGAGGUGGUCUACAAGAACAACGACAUCCGUCUGGAGCUCUCCCGUCUGGCGCAUAUCGUGGACCCCAAGAUGAAGAUCCAGGGGGAUGUGAUGUUUAAGUGUGAGAACGUGGCCACCAUGGACCCUAUCUCCUUCGAGACCCCCGAGGCCUACAUCAGCCUGCCCAAGUGGAACACCAAGAGAAUGGGUUCCUUGUCCUUUGACUUCAGGACCUCGGAACCCAACGGACUCAUCCUCUUCACCCACGGCAAGCCUCAGGAGCGCAAGGAGGCCCAACGCAGCCAGAAGAACACCAAGGUGGACUUCUUUGCGGUAGAACUGCUGGAUGGCAGUCUGUACCUGCUGUUGGACAUGGGCUCAGGGACCAUCAAGGUCAAAGCCACCCAGAACAAGGUCAACGAUGGAGCCUGGUACCACGUGGACAUACAGAGGGACGGACGCUCAGGCACCAUCUCAGUCAACAGCCGGCGCACUCCAUUCAUGGCCAGCGGAGAGAGUGAGAUCCUGGACCUGGAGGGGGACAUGUACCUAGGUGGUCUACCCUUAGACCGCGCCAACCUCAUCCUGCCCACCGAGCUGUGGACCGCCAUGCUCAACUAUGGCUACGUUGGCUGCGUGCGCGACCUCUUCAUCGACGGGCGCAGCAAGGACAUCCGACAGAUCGCUGAGGCCCAGAACGGCGCCGGCAUCAAGCCGUCGUGCAACAAAGUGGUGGGGAAACAGUGUGAGAGCUACCCGUGUAAGAACAGAGGCGUCUGCAAGGAGGGAUGGAACCGGUUUAUCUGUGAUUGUACCGGCACGGGGUACUGGUCACGUACCUGCGAGAGAGAGGCGUCCAUCUUGAGUUAUGACGGCAGCAUGUACAUGAAGGUGGUGAUGCCCCAGGUGAUGCACACGGAGGCGGAGGACGUGUCUCUGCGUUUCAUGUCCCAGCGGGCCUACGGCCUUCUUAUGGCCACUACCUCGCGAGACUCGGCCGACACGCUGCGUCUAGAGCUGGACGGGGGCCGGGUCAAGCUCACGGUCAACCUAGACUGUGUCAGGAUAAACUGUACUUCCAGCAAGGGACCCGAGACCCUGUAUGCUGGGCAAAAACUCAAUGAUAAUGAGUGGCAUACGGUGCGCGUGGUCCGCCGGGGAAAAACCUACAAGCUCACGGUGGAUGAUGACAUAGCAGAAGGCCAGAUGGCGGGCGACCACACCCGUCUGGAGUUCCACAACAUCGAGACGGGCAUCAUGACGGAGAGACGCUUCGUCUCGGCCAUCCCAUCUAGCUUCAUUGGACACCUACAGAGUCUCAGGUUCAACGGUAUGCUGUAUAUAGAUCUCUGUAAGAACGGAGACAUCGACUUCUGUGAGCUCAACGCCCGAUUUGGCAUGCGCUCCAUCAUCGCUGACCCUGUGACCUUCAAGUCGAAGAGCAGCUACCUGAGCCUGGCCACCCUGCAGGCCUACACCACCAUGCACCUGUUCUUUCAGUUCAAAACCACCUCGCCUGACGGAUUCAUACUGUUCAACAGUGGAGACGGCAAUGACUUCAUCGCUGUGGAGCUGGUUAAAGGGUACAUACACUAUGUGUUUGAUCUUGGCAAUGGGCCCAACGUCAUCAAGGGCAACAGCGACCGGGCUCUACAUGACAACCAGUGGCACAAUGUGGUCAUCACUCGUGACAACAGCAACAUUCACACUCUGAAGGUGGACGCAAAGGUAACCAGUCAGGUGGUCAACGGAGCCAAGAACCUCGACCUGAAAGGUGACCUGUUUAUCGCUGGGCUGGGCCCUGGUAUGUACGGUAGCCUGCCCAAGCUGGUGGCAUCCAGGGACGGUUUCCAGGGCUGCCUGGCCUCAGUGGACCUCAACGGCCGCCUCCCUGACCUCCUCCAGGACGCUCUUUUCCGCAGCGGGCAGAUAGAGCGCGGAUGCGAAGGUCCUAGCACCACCUGUCAGGAGGACUCAUGUACCAACAUGGGCGUCUGUAUCCAGCAGUGGGAGAACUACACCUGCGACUGCUCCAUGACCUCCUUCACCGGCACGCGGUGCAAUGAUCCUGGGACCACCUAUAUCUUUGGGAAAGGAGGAGGCCUCAUCACGUUCAAGUGGCCAGCCAACGAGAGGCCCAGCACGCGUACAGACAGGCUGACCGUGGGGUUCAGUACCUCCCUAAAGGACGGCAUCCUGGUCCGGAUAGACAGCGCUCCGGGUCUUGGAGACUAUCUCAUGCUCCACAUCGAACAAGGGAAGAUUGGUGUGACGUUUAACAUCGGCACAAUGGACAUCAGCGUGAGAGAGAAUAGCACACCAGUGAAUGACGGGCUGUACCAUGUUGUACGCUUUACCAGAAACGGGGGUAACGCCACACUCCAGGUGGACAACUGGUCUAUCAAUGAACACUUCCCAGGAGCGACGACCGAUAAUGAACGUCUUGAAAUUGCCACUAAGAAAUUCCCGUUGAAAUACGCCCGGCCAGUAGUGGAUUGGCUACAGGAGAAAGCAGAACCCACCAGGGAGGUAGUGCUCACACCACCCUUCCCUGUCCCCAGAGACCAGCAGGGAGCAGAACCCACCAUGGAGGUAGGUUCACAACCACCUUCCCUGUCCCUGUCCCUGUCCCCAGCAGAACCCACCAUGGAGGUAGGGUUCACACCACCGUCCCUGUCCCUGCCCCAACAGACCCAACAGGAAGGUCUGACUCACACCAUCGGCUACGGAGAGUGUGAUCACACAGUCGACCUGAACAGCUGGUGCCUCUUAUCCAUGCAGACGACAGAUGACAUGGUGUCUUCGGCAGAGUGUUCCAGUGACGACGAGGACCUGGAGGAGUGCGACUCUGGCCGUGCAGCCCUGCCCACCCAGCCCGGCGUCAACCGAGUCCCGGGACCCCCGGAAGUGUCCCGCCAGUCUAGCAGCACCAUCGGGAUGGUCGUCGGGAUAGUGGCGGCCGCCGCCCUGUGCAUCGUCAUCCUCCUGUACGCCAUGUAUAAGUACAGGAACAGGGACGAGGGCUCCUACCAGGUGGACGAGAGCAGGAAUUACAUCACCAACUCGGCAACGCAGAGCAACGGAGCCGUCCUGAAGGACAAACAGCAAAGCUCGAAAGGCGUCAAAGGAAAACAGAAAAACAAGGACAAGGAGUAUUACGUUUGAGUGACGGACGUUGAGAGAUGAAAAGGAAGAGAAAGACAGGUAUAGAGAAAUAUAGAACUGUAAUUAACAGUUACCUUCUAAGGAGCUGCGAUGACAAAAUAUGGUAAAAACUAGAACCGUUACUUGAUACUGUGUAGAGUGAACUAUGACAUGUGUUGUAAUAUCAAGAAGACUUACUAUUUAUUGUAAGCAUACAGAGAAGGCUAAUAGCAUCUUUUGAGACCUUCCUCUUCUGUCAGGUCGUGUACAACUACUUCACAGCGACUGCAUCAUCAUCCUAAGGGACUUUUAGAACUAUGUGAUCCUUGGCGUAAAAUAUUUUUUGGGGUUUGUUUUUGUAAACCUGUACAAAAUGAAAGAUGUUCGUUAAUCUUGACCGUCUUCAGCAUGUAAGCAACAUGUAGUGCUUUAUCAAGAGUGGGUCAGGAUGAAAAGGAUCAUUGUAAAGUCAAUGAAAAAAAAAUGGACUACUGCUGUUAAAAGAUAUCGUACAUUUUUUUAUUGUAUGGAUGGUUUCGACGUUAUAAAAGUGUGGUGUCUACGCAACAAAUAAAAUAAAACAUCUACUACUCUAUGUAUCAAAUGACACCAAGUGAGCUUAAAUGGCUGAGGAAAGAUCUCUUAGGAUCUCUUCAGAUCUCAGAGCUCUGUUGUCUGUCCUCUGAUCUCAACAUGAUUACUCUCGUUGUGUGACAGACGGACAGAGUGACACUGACGUGUGAUCCUGGCGAGAAGUGGUUGCUUGUUCUUGUCUCGGUUAAAAGCAACUGAUUGUAAUGCAUGUAAUCCAUUCUACCAAAAUUGUACAGUACAGUAAAAUAUACCACUAGAGUACAAUAUACCAUGACAGUACAUACCAGUACAGUAUAUUGUACA